CUGCGUGCGGCCCGUUAGGCCACUUGGGCUGUAGACAGUUCCUGGCCGAGCGUCUUCGCUUGGGCUGGGCAUCACCUUGAGACGUGUUCGGCGCCACAAGUGAGCAGUCCUGUCCCGGAGUGUCGGUCCUAGCCAUUACGUAACAAAGGCGCUGCGGCGCGGGGGGACUGGGUAUCAAACUCAGGGCCUCACAUGUCCUAGACAAGUGCAGUACUGCUAAGCUGUAUUCCCAUUCUUUUUUAUUCUAUAGGUGCUUUAUGAUUUAUUUAAUCUAUUUCCUACUGAAGGACAUUUGGGUUCUUUCCAACUUUUUCCCAUUAGAAACAAUGUCAGUAUACUUUUACAUACACCUUUGACCAUGUGUAUAAUUAUUUUCUUUAAUCCCCCAAAUAGAAUUUCUGAGUCAGAGGGUUUGCAUGGUUUAAGCACUGCUUGUACAUACUUGUAAGUUAAGUCUAUAGCAUACUGGUUAGAAUGUUCAUUUUCUCACAUACUUGAUAAUAUGGGCAUCAGUACUAAAGUGAGAUUUACUUUCUUUUGGUGAUUUGAUUUUUUUUUUUUUUUAUUUAAGAGAAUCAUGCAUGCCAGGCUUCUCACACUGGAAUUGAAAUUCUGUGUUUCAGAGGCUAGAGUUGAAUGAAAGCUGGCUUUUGGUUAGAAAAAUAAGGAUUUCAAAUGCAGCUUUGCCACUUCUAAAUUGAAUGUCUCCCAGUGGUUUCAAAUUUUCUGAUUUAUUGAAUGGAUAGAAUAUCAUACUAAAGGGUUGGGGUUGUGGCUCAAAGGUAGAGCACUUGCCUACCUAUGUGUGAGGCACUGGAUUUGAUUCUCAGCACCAUAUAUGAAUAAUGAAUCAAAUAAAGGUCCAUCAAAAACUAAAAAAAAAUUUUUAGAAAGAAUAUCAUACUAAAUAGCAGUCCUGAAGAUUCAGUUAAAACACCCAUUACUUAGAAGUUUAGUUUUGUUUUAACCAAGGAGAAACCCUAUGGCACUUUGCCACUGAGCUGCAUCCCCAGUCCUUUCUAUUUUUUAUUUUGAGGCAGAGUCUUACUAAGUUGCCCAAACUGGACUUGAACUUGUGAUUCUCCUGCCUUAGCCUCCCAAAUAACUGGGAUUACAGGCGUCUGUCACCACCCUUGUUGGAAGUUCUUUUUUUUUUUUUUUUUUUUUAGAGUAGAAAGUAGAAGGCUUUAUUAAAGGACAGCAGAAAAGACUUCUCCCUGGAGGAAGAAGGGGACCGGAAAGCGGAAAUUCUUGAUAAGUGGAUAUGUUUUAUUGUCUAGUAAUCCAUACUUCUUCACUCUAGGUUGUGAGAAAGAGAAUGGUAAAUGAAGUCAGGCAGGAAAACAGUGUGGGUAAUUCUCAUUGAAAAUAGGAUGAGCCCAAAGGAUUUUGGUAGCUGUUGUCCUGGCUGCUGACAGGCUAGGCUGCCAGUGCCUCAGUUUUGCAGUGAUAAUGGCCAUCAGGCUUAAUUCUUAUAUGACUCAAUCAAAACUCUUUCUCACUCUCUGUUUCUCUUUAAUAUCCCCACCAUCAUUAAUAUAAAAGCUGUGUGAAUAUUCAUUUUCAACAUAAACAAAAUCAAGCUAAAUCAUCAUGUAAGAUCCUUUCAGGAUGUCUCCACAUUAAGCCUUGCUUUCUUACCUAAAAAGCUUGUCCUUCUUUAUUUCUUCCUUUGAGAGAAAUCAUUCUUCAGACUAUCCCCUUCUCAUUAUUUAAAGCUCUCAUCAUCGGGCUCAUCACUUUGCUUUCACAGAGACCUGUGAAUGAAAGCUGGCUUUUGGAUAGAAAAUCUUCAGAGCACAUUUCCAGAAUUUUCCAGAAUUUAGGAGACAUUUGAAGAUUCCAAGCAAGGUCACACUGGGGGCCCUCCACUACUCCUAUAUAGAGAGACAUCAUUUCUAUGGCUUCUAGCAGUUACAAUCUUUCCUCCAAAUCUGGAUCCUAAAAGGAUUUGUAAAUGCCACUGUCCAGCCUCGACAUCUAGAGGUAAAGGAAAUAUUGUAAGGAAAUGCUGAUUUUUUUCCAUCUUCUUAUUUGUCAGAUUUUGUCAGCUUUUGUUGUUGUUAUUAUUAUUACUGAAUUUCUCUUUUUAUAUCUAGUGAAUCCAAGCAGAUAUUUGUCAGACUUUGAAGGAGACUCUGGUUUAGAUCAUAUGGCCCCUUAUCAGCCAUGAAAUUUAAGAGGGAUUAGAUUUAUCUAGACUUUCUCAGUUCUCCUUGUAAGUAUAUAUCUGUGUGUGAUGGAGAGAUCAGAAGAGGGAAAAGGUCAUAGUAACUCACAUCAUUUGGGGAGUUCUAGGGUGUAUCUCAGCUCAUGGCCUUGUUUUCCUCCCCCUAGUUCUGGCCUCUGUGGAUUCUACUUCCCCUGGCAAACAAACCCCAAGGAGGACUUAACCAUUUCUUGAAUUACUAAAUCAUGGCCCGGGGAUCAGUGAUGUUCAGUGAUGUAUCCAUAGUCUUCUCUCAGGAAGAGUGGGAAUACUUGGACUUGGAACAGAGGGACUUAUACAAAGAUGUGAUGCUGGAAAACUAUAGCAACUUUAUCUCACUAGCAGGGUGCUUCAUUUCUAAACCAGAUGUGAUUUCCUUAUUGGAACAAGGAAAAGAUCCCUGGAAAAUUAUGAAGAAAGGAAAAAGACAAUAUUCAGAUUUGGAGACCAGGUGUGAGACCAAGAAGUUAUCUUCAGAAAAUGACAUUUAUGAAAUAAAUUUAUCCCAGUGGAAGCUAAUGGAAAGAAUUAAAAACCAUGGCUUUAAGGGCCUCAUUUUAAAAAAUGAUUGGGAAUCCAAAAGAAAAUUUGAAGGACAAGAGGGACCUCAAGAGGGAUACUUCAGUCAAGUGAAACUCACAUCUGAAAAAGUAUCCUCUUAUCAAAAGCGCACAUCUGUGACUCCACGUCAGAGAAUUCAAUUAGUGGACAAACCCUAUGAAUGUAAGGAAUGUGGGAAGGCUUUUAAAGUACGCCAGCAACUUACUUUUCAUCACAGAAUUCAUACUGGUGAAAAACCCUAUGAAUGUAAGGAAUGUGGGAUGACCUUCAGACAAACUGCACACCUUACUCGACAUCAGAGACUUCAUUCUGGAGAAAAACUUUAUGAAUGCAAGGAUUGUGGGGAAGCUUUCAUGUGUGGCCCAGAUCUUCGAGUACAUCAGAAAAUUCAUAUUGGUGAGAAGCCCUAUGAAUGUAAAGAAUGUGGGAAAGCCUUCAGAGUUCGAGGACAACUUACUCUCCAUCAGAGGAUUCAUACUGGUGAGAAACCCUAUGUAUGUAAAGAAUGUGGGAAGGCCUUUAGACAGUAUGCACACCUUACUCGACAUCAAAAGCUUAAUAUUGCUGACAGACUGUAUGAAUGUAAAGAAUGUGGGAAGGACUUUUUGUGUGGCUCUGGACUUAGAGUACAUCACAAACUUCAUACUGGUGAGAAACCCUAUGAAUGUAAGGAAUGUGGGAAGGCUUUUAGAGUAAGACAGCAACUAACACUCCAUCAGAGAAUUCAUACUGGUGAGAAACCCUAUGAGUGUAAGGAAUGUGGAAAAACCUUUAGUCGUGGUUAUCAUCUUAUUCUCCAUCACAGAAUUCAUACUGGUGAAAAACCUUACGAAUGUAAGGAAUGCUGGAAGGCCUUUAGUCGUUACUCACAACUUAUUUCACAUCAGAGUAUUCAUAUUGGUGUUAAACCCUAUGAUUGUAAGGAAUGUGGAAAAGCCUUUAGACUACUUUCACAACUUACACAACAUCAGAGUAUUCAUAUUGGUGAGAAACCCUAUAAAUGUAAGGAAUGUGGGAAAGCCUUUAGAUUGCGCCAAAAACUUACUCUACAUCAAAGCAUUCACACUGGUGAAAAACCCUUUGAGUGUAAGGAAUGUAGGAAGGCCUUUAGACUCAAUUCAUCUCUUAUCCAACAUUUGAGAAUUCAUUCUGGUGAGAAACCCUAUGAAUGUAAAGAAUGUAAGAAGGCCUUUAGACAACAUUCACACCUUACCCAUCAUCUGAAAAUUCAUAAUGUAAAAGUGUAAGAAAAUCUUAUCAGUCCUAUGUUGUAGAACAUUCUAUGAAUGUAAUAAUCUCUUUUGCUUCCUACAUGUAGCUGACUUGGCGUAAGGGGUUUUAUACCAUUAAAAGGCUAUGUUGAUAUGUUCUACCAUCAUUUCAGCACAUUUGUUGUAACUGAUCCUAUUAAUAUAACAAUGUGGGAAAGAUACUUAUCUCUAUCCCAUCACUUUUUUCUUUUGGUUAUAUUGAAGAAGACACAACUGCUCUGUGCGGUAAUUUCUUCUUUGUAAAAUGAUGGUAUAAAACUGUAGCAAAAAUGGCUGCAAAUUCUUGACAUUGUUCCCAUUAACAGAUGGAGUCCAUAUUUCCUCCCUUGAAUAUGGGCAGAAUCUGUGACUGCUUUGUCCAGUAGAACAUAGUAGAAGUACUUCUGUGCCAGUUUCUGGGCCCAUGCUUUACUGGUAAGGUUACUUCAUCUCUUAAAACACUUUCUCAAGCUCUGAACUGUCAUGUAACAAAGUCUAGCAAAUGGAGAAGCCCUGAGAUUAUAUAUACAGGGAGAGAUAUCUGAUGAAUCCAGUCUUCCAGACAUGCCCUUUAAGACACCAGAUAUUUGAUUGAAAGAGUUUUUGAUCCUCUAGACCAGCUGAUCACCACUGAGUAACCUCAGCUGACACCAUGUGGAAUAGAAGACUCAACCAGUUAAGUCCCUGCCCAACUCCUGAUGCACACAAUCAUAAAAGAAUUUAAAAAUUGGUUGUUGUUUUAAGCCACUAUAUUUUGUUUUAUUUAUUUUAUUCUUAAUAUUAAUCUUUUGAGAAUUCUUUUGAAAGACUAUGCUUAGUGGUUAAGCACUCUUAGGUUCAAUCCCUGGUACAAAAAAAAAAAAAAAGACUAUAGAAGUAAUGAAUAUAAAUAUGCCUUCUACCAACAUUUAUCCCUUAUUCUUGUUAAAAUACUGAAAGUGAGAAAUUAUUUUCCAGUUUAUAAUAAAACAGGUAUUCUACAAUCUACAUUCUCAAGUCCUAGUUAAUAUUUAAUUAAACGCUAACAAAAGAUUACAUAAAAGAAAGCUAUUUGUAAAUUUAAACUUACCUGUAUUAUAACUCCUGCAUUUUUUGCCCCCUUGGAGAUGAGUUUUUUGCCAUGUUCCCCAGGCUGGUGUCCAAACCGCUGAACUCAAGUGAUCCCCAGUCUCCCAAGUACUGAUUUACAGUUGUGUGCCACCACGCCUGCCUACAUUGUUUGUUUAGUCACUCCUUUGUAACUUUAAAAAAAAAUGCUGGAUUAUUCUACAUAGGCUAGUUCGACUCCCUUCAUAUUGGCUUCUGUGUCCUUUUUUUUUUUUUUUUUUUUUUUUUAGACCACUGUAGCCUUUGAUUGCUUUUUUUGCUAACCAAAUGCAUUGAUCAACUAUGGAGCACACUAGUGCAUUAUUGAUAAAUAAAGGGAAAGACUGGAACAUUUAAAUCUUUCCUUGCCUUUAUGAACUGCAUUUCAAAACAACCAAAAGUUGUGAAGGAUAGAUUAUUAAUAGAAAAUUCUAGCUGGUAAAGAUCAAAAGGAGUGAUAGAAUUUGAAAAUUAUGCUUAUUUAUAAAAUAAUGGGUCUUGGUGGAGAUAUCCAUGGAUACAAGACCAUGGGUGAAGGAUUGAUAUAAAGCUUAUGAUUGGUGGUGCUGAAUGGCAGCACCCACUAAUCUACAUUAACAUUUCUAAAUUAGAUCAGCCAGGCUAUGCCCUUCUAUAUGUGAUACAAUCAAUAUACAAAGUAUCUCCUGUGAAAUAUUCCCCCCCCCUUCCCCGCUAAAAAUUUGCUUCAGAAUUACAACUUAGUCUCUGAAUCUAAUUACCCCUUUACAGGAAACAUGGAGAACUAAGGAACACUAAGGAACAGAUUAGUGACACAAAGAAGCAAAUAAUGAAAUCCACAAUUUGAAAAGUUUCCUGAAUUAAUGGUUUAAUUUCUUAACCAAAAUACAUAUCAAGAACAAAAAGAACCAUAAUCCUAUGUCAAGAAUAAUAGACAUAUCAAGUACAGUGUAUGGAACAUAUUGGUAUCCUUGUGUUUUAACAUUUUGAUGUACUUGGGAUUUAUUUUAAUUACGCAUGGUGAUAGACAUAAAAAUGAUUGUCUUGAAGAAAGUUUAUUCUCAGAUCCCUAAAAAUAGGUAUUCUACUAUCUAUCAGGAGGCAUGGCUUGCAUGUAGGGCCAUAUGGGGAAGCACCCAAAGACUUGGGUAAAAGCAGAAAUAGAGAGGAUAAUGCAUACCCCAAGGCCUUUAUUAGUGAUUUGUUGUUUAUUGUUUUAUUUGGGGGGAAGGAAUGGGUAAGGCAGGCUAGACACUUGAGUACUUUUAGGGUGGAUAGUUUGAAUAAUUUUGGCAGAUUCUGUGCUACAGAGGUGAUUCCUAGUUGUGAGGUGAUUCCUAGUACCUGGCCCUAGGGUAAUUUAGGGCUGGGGAGUUUUGAUGCGGUGUGUGAGUUUGAUAAAGCAUGGUUGGGAAUAUGGGCUCUGGAUUGUUUGGUUUGUAUAUCAAAGAUCUACUCACAGGGGAACUAUUGCUAUCUAUGCAUUAGCUAGUCUUGGGAGGAAUCUUCAAAAUCAAGGCCUGAACUGCCAGAGCAUUAAGGGUACAGAAAAUGCAGUCAGUCCAACCUUGAUUUGGACAAAUUAGUGACAAUGUUUUUAUAUAUUGUGUAAAUAUAACCAUGGAUUAUGUAUUAAAUGAUACUAAGCAAUUGUUCAUUAUGUUAGGCAUUAUGUUGGCAUUAUGGGUGUGUGUAUAAGUAUGUGCUAGAGAUCUAUACUGAAGUAUUGAAGGGUAAAAUUAUAUCAUGCCCUAUGAUUUGCUUUAAAAUGUAGUCAUGCAUCACAUAAUGAUUUUUCAGUCAACAGGGCCACAGGGCUGGGGCUGUAGCUCAGUGGCAGAGCACUUGCCUUGCAUGUGUGAGGCACUUGGUUCGAUCCUUAGCACCACAUGAAAACAAACAAAUAAAAUAAAGGCGUUCUGUCCAUCUACCCAAAAAAAAAAAAAAAAAAAAGUUGACCAUAUGUUCAACAUUGAUCCCAUAAGAUAUUAUCACCUAUUAUCUUAAUGUCAUUAAUGUAAUGUCAUUAAUGACAUUAAUGUCAUGAUAUUAAUGUAAUGUCAUUACCCAUCUUAGGUGUCAAAGUAGACUCUGUGAUGUUUGCAUAACAAUGAAAUCACCUAAAGAUGCAUUCCUUAGAAAGUAUCCCUGUAAGUAACUGAAAAUAUGUGGGAGGAAUAGAUGAAACAAGAUUGGCAAAAUGUUGCUGUGUUGUAUCUUGAUAAUAGACACACAGGGUUCAUUGUGCUAUUUUUACUAUCUUUACGUAUAUAUGAAAAUUUCCAUAAUAAAAAUUUUAAGGUAGAGAAUCAAAUCUGAAGUGUUAAAAUAUUUAGAGAUGAAUAAUAAUGUGUUGCCUACAAAUGAAAAUUUGUGGGAAAUCACCAAAGCUCUACUAACAGAAAACCCCAAACAAUGCAUUUAGAAAACCUGGAUUGAGGAACCAGUGUUUGUCUUGUUCACCAUGCUUUUCCCAAUACCUAUAAUGACUGUCACGUAACAGGCAGUUGAUAUGUAAUGGAAAAAAAUUAGCAUUAACUUAAGCUAGAAGAUUAAAAUAAGAAGAAAAAAAACACUAAGGUGUUUGUUACCGUGCAUAUCUGGAAUGUUCCCCAAAGGCUCAUGUGUUGAAGACUUGAUCCCUAGCUGGUGGCAGUAUUGGGAGAUGGCAGAAACUUUAGGAGGUGGGGCUCAAUUGGAGGAAGGAGGUGACUGGUGGCAUGUCCUUGAAGGGUAAAUAUUGUCCUGGCCUCUCUCUCUGUUCUUCACUGCUGCCAUGAGGUAAGAAGCUUUGCUUCACUAAUGUUCCCUUCACUACAGGCUCAGAAACAAUGGAGCUACCCAGCUGAAACCAUGAACCACACUAAGUCUUUCCUCCUUUAAGUUGAUUUCCUCAGGUAUGUCGUCACAGUGAUGAAAAGCUAAUGGAUACAAUAAGUAGUAGGAAGUAAUUUAUAUGAUAAAAGAAAUAAAUGGAACAGUUAAUAAAGUAGUAGACUCUAACCAAGGGUGUUCUCUUUGCAGAGAUCAUUAAUACAGAAUUGGCAGUUAUUGAGGGGGGGAAGAUGAAUCAGUUACAGCUUUAUGUAUGAGAAAGGUGAAAUAGCUAAAUAUAUCAAGGAGAUUUUAAAAAUUUAAGUUAUAUGUUAAUACAUACAUAUAGUUGCAUAUGUAUAAACAAACAGAGAAUGAGUUAUCCUAAGAAACCUAAAUUAUCAAAAUUGGCUCAAGAUAUUACAGAUACCCUGAACAGAUCUAUAGACAAAGGAAAAAAUGAAAUGUGGUUAUGAUCUUAUUUUUUAAAAAGAAAGAAUUAAUAGUUUUUCAGGUAAUAAAAUAUUUUAAAGAACUAAUAAUCUCUAAUAAAAUUCUAGAUUAUUCUAUAAUGCAAAUAUCCUAAUAAUAAAAAUAGAUGAGAGGGCUGGGGUUGUAGCUCAUUGGUAGAGCACUCACUCACCUAGCACAUGUGAGGCCCUGGGUUCGAUCCUCAACAUCACAUAAAAUAAAGGUAUUGUAUCCAAUUACAAUAAAAAUAAGUAUUUAUCAACAACAAAAAAAGAUGAGAAUACCAUCUCAAAAGAAAAAUCUGGACCUAUUUUACUUAAGAUACAUGCACACAUUAGUAAAGUAUCAGUAAAUUGAAUGCAAUAUCUAUUAAAAUAAUUAUAAAAUAUAAAAUAAUCUUGCCAGAAAUACAUAGGGCUCUGACCUCUUGUGAUUUAAUUAUGUAUUUAGAUUUUUUUAGGGUUUUUUUUUGUGUGUGUGUGUGUGUAUGUGUGCAUGCAAGAGAGAGAUGCUGGGGAUUGAACCCAGGGCCUUGUGCAUGUGAAGCAAGCACUCUACCAACUGAGCUAUAUCCCCAGACCCUAGAUUUUUUUUAUUUCUAACUUGAACAAUUUAACAAUGUUGGACAAAAGACAUGACCCAGCUCCAUUUUUUUUUUCAGUUGUAGGCAACAGAUAUAAUCCCUUUAUUUAUUUAUUUUUAAUGUGUUGCUGAGGAUUGAACCCAGUGCCUUACACAUGCUAGGCGAACACUCUACCAAAUAAGUUACAACCCCAACCCUCCAAUGAUUUUUUACAUUAUUUUCCUAACUAUUUUCAUUUAUCUGAAUUUCAUCAACUUUGCUCACACUUGUAAUUCCAGCAAGGAGACCUCCUCGCAAGUUCAAGACCAGCCUCAGCAAUUUAUACACAUGAAAACAUAGAAAUUCAACAUGAAAAUUUAUUGCCUCUGGCCUAGUCUGCUUUGUGCUGCUAUAAGAGAAUACUGCGGACUGUAAUUUGCAAUGAAUAGGAAUUUAUUGGCUAAUGGUACUGGAGGUUGAAAAGGCCAAGAUUUGAGGGGCUGGCAUCUAAUGAGAGCCUUUGUAUUCUGUCAUCCCAUGGUGGAAGGAAAAAUUGAGGAUAAGAGAGAGCAAGAGGGGUAAGCUUUCCCUUUUAUAAUAAGAAACCCACUUCUAUAACAAACCCAUUCUCAUGAUAAUCCUCUCAUGAAGGUAGAGGCCUCAGUGGCAAAACAUUUGCCUAGCUAUGCAAAGCUCUGGGUUCAAUCCCCAGUACUGGGGGUGGGGAGAGAAAGAAGAGGAACCCAUUUCUGCAAUAAAUAACCCACUUCCAAAAUGAUGACAUUAAUCCAUUCAUAAAGACAGAGGCCUUAUGACAUAUUCAUCUUUUCCAGGUCCCACCUCUUAUGAGUGUCCCACUAGGGAUAAAAUUUUCCAACACAUGAACUUUGGGGUGCACAUUCAACCUAUAGCACCUUCUACAAAUUAAAAUGAAUAUUGUCACAACUGUUUAUUUUCAACCAAAUCUCUGAUGCCACUAAAGAUAUACCUUAAGAUUUGUACUUCCCAAGUCUAUUUUGCUCUGAUUGGGCAGUUGUCGCUAAUCAAUCAUUCAUCAUCUGGAAUAAUACAUCUUUACCACUCAGGAUUUCAAAUUGUUUGUAUUCAUAAAGAGUAAAAUUAACACAAAAAAUAAUAUCUUAAGUAAAAUUACUGAUAUAAGAGUAAAAUUAGUUUUUGCUUAUAGAUGGAUGUUUGAUAACAAUUUGUAACAAUCUGUAACAAUUUCAUGUUAACAGAGGUUUCUUGGAGUCAGCACAUUUACUGAAAUUUUCUGAAAAUAUAGUACUUAAUAGUAUUUGAAGAAAAUGUUUUUGUUAAAACAAGCAUAGGAGCUCUGCAUGCCAUAUUUUUUGGGGUAGGAAUCACAUUAAGUGCCUAUAAAAAUAUUCACAGACUGUUUCAUUUUAUCUAAACCAAAAACAUCUCAGACUUCAUAUAGAAUUUGUAUUCCCCUUACCUAUUCCAGAUGUUCUUGGGCAGAUGUUGCCAUUAUCAGAAGUACUUCAAGGAUUGAAAUGUCUCCAUUAUGGCAGAUCUAUGGUUGUAUGGCAAAGAAAGCAACUAACAUGCUAUGUACCCAGCUGCUUGCAUUUUUAAAACUUAAAAUGGUGCUUUUUUAGGGGAUUAAAGGCAUGACUCAAUGGUAGAUCCCUUGCUCAACAUGCAUGUGGCCCUGAGGUUUGAUAUCCAGCACUCCACAGUCUAUACAAGGUGCUUUUUCAAUGGAAUAGAAAACCCACAGGCCCUGUCUGUAUUUAAACCUUUUAUGGAUAAAUAUUUUUAUUAUAUACAAUUUUUCACUGUGAAAAAUGCCUUACUGAAUAUCUCUGUGUUUCUUGCUAUACAUGAGAGUUUUUCUAAGGUGCUUAUCAAAAAGCGAGAUUACUCUCUCACAAUUUAUGUUCACUUUCACCCUUGUCGGAUAUUGCUACAGAAGUAGAGUAGCAUUAUGGUAAAUUUAUAAUGCCUUUAACUAGUGAAGCAAUUCCUUAUAUCCAUGUCUGGUAUGAGUUUUAAUAUUUUCUUGGUUAAUAAUGAGUUAAGCAUCUGUAAACAUCUGUUUCAUGACUAAACAACUUGCUAAUUCACAUCUUGCCCAUUUAAAAAAAAUUUAUGUAAGAUUUGUGAUAUUCUUAUCCAGAUAGUAAUCCUUUAUGUGUUAUAAGUGAUGGAUUUAACUGUCUUCCAGGUUGUGGCUUAUAUCUGUAUUUAUGGUGAUUUUGUCAAGUUAAAAUUUAAAUAUGAAUGCAAUAAUAGUUUUCAUUAUCACAAAAGAUUUUCAAAGGCCUAAUCUUUUUAAUUUUAUGUUUUACUAGACUCUUAGUUUUCUAAACAGUUUUGUUAACUGCAAAUAGAUAUAAUUUUGGUUUUUCCUGAAUAUGUAUAGUAAUUAUUUUAUUAAUCUUAUAAUAGAACCUUCAGAAAAGGUUUAGUGGGAUUAUUGAUGAUAGCAGGAUCUAAUUAUUUCUCCAAAUUUAAUGGAAAUCAGUGUAAUAUUUACUCUAGAUUUAAAUAGACUGUUUGUCUCAGUUGUUUCUUGAAGACCCUACUUAUCUUUUGUUAUUAGAAAUGCCAAUGGAAUAUUGUCAGAUGCCAUUUUGGCACAAUAAUGUUUUUCUCCUUGAAUUUGUUAAUGUGAUCUGUGGUCAUUAAGGCAGUAUGGUAUUACUUAAGAAUGAAAAAAUAGAACAAUGGAUCAAAAUAAAGAACCCUAAAAAAGGCCCAACAUA